UCAAAAUCAACCCUUUUAUCCCUCUGCACUAAUUUCCCUUUCCUCCUGUCCUCAAUCCUUAAGACCAAACCCACAAAAGAAAUUAAUAAUGAGGGGAGUUAUUGUUAGAAGUGUAUGGUUAAUGGUGUUGGCGAUUGGCGUUUGCGGUGUAACAGCGAUUGCGUCGGCUUCAUUAAGAGUUGGGUAUUACAGAACGAGAUGUCCAAACGCUGAGGCUAUUGUAAGAAAAGCUGUGAAAAGAGCAAUGUCAAGGGAUCCUGGUGUUGCUGCUGCUCUCAUUCGUAUGCAUUUCCAUGACUGCUUUGUCCGUGGAUGUGAUGCAUCAAUCCUACUCGAUACGACUCCUGAAAACGCAUCGGAGAAAGAAAACGCCGCAAACACUCCAAGCCUUCGAGGCUUCGAAGUCAUCGACGACGCCAAACGCAGACUCGAAUCGCGAUGCUCUCAAACGGUCUCAUGCGCCGACAUCCUAACGUUUGCGGCCCGCGACAGCGUUUGCGAGACCGGCGGUUCGCACUAUCGCGUUCCCUCUGGACGCCGCGACGGGAGAGUCUCGCUCAAGGACGAACCCUCUCUUCACUUGCCUUCACCUUCCUUGGACGCCAAGCAACUCGAAGAGAGCUUCGCCAAAAAAGGAUUGACGCUCGACGAGAUGGUAACCCUAAGCGGCGCACACAGCAUCGGGGUUUCUCGCUGUUCUUCGUUCUCCGGUAGGUUGUUUUCGUUCAACUCGACCCACGAGCAAGACCCUUCUCUGAAUCCUGGUCUAGCCAAGGUUCUGAGAUCGAAAUGCCGGUCUGAUAUGGAUUCAACGGUGGACCUGGACGUCAAAACGCCGAAUAGAUUGGAUAACGAGUACUAUCUGAAUCUGAUGAAUCGUAACGUCGUCUUGACGUCGGAUCAGAGCCUUAUGAACAGCUCUGAAACCGCGAGAAUGGUGAGAUUCAACGCGGAAAACGGCCGGGUUUGGGCGAGGAGGUUUGCGAGAGCUAUGGUUAAGAUGGGUUCCAUUGAAGUGUUGACAGGGUUCGAGGGCGAGGUCAGGAAGAACUGCAGGGUCGUGAACCCGUAUAUAUGAUUAUAUCGACGACGAUCCAUGCCAUUCUAUUUGUUGUUUUCAAGAACUGAAAGAUCAAGUAAGGUUUCUUAAUUGUAAUGUUUGAUUUUGUUAAUGGAUGAAUCAAAGUUCUAUGGAGCCGAUGCAAUCCAAGACACCUCGGUUUCCAAUAUGCAA